CGCCACGCCGCCACCAGAUCCUGGAGGCUUGAAGCCUUGAACCCCUUCCCCUGCCCUGCCCUCCCCUCCCCUCCCUUCCCCUCCCUCCCGCAAACCGCAAUCCGCACGCGAUUCCUCCUUCCUUCCCCGCUUUGCCCUCGCCAACACCGUGAGUACAGGUGCGGCGGCGAUGAGGUCGGCCGUGGCCCGCUUGAUCCGCUCCUCCUCCUCCACCUCCGCCAACACCUCCCAUCUCAGCUCAUCACCGGUCUUGCUGAACACUGGGAAUGCAUUCUUCAGCAGUGCUAUACCCAGUGAUCCGAAGCACAUCGAGGAGCCUUUUAAGGUGGAGGAGGCAGAAACUGUGAAGGUGAAACCACCUUCUCCAGACAAGCUGCUAGUGCUCGGAGGAAGUGGUUUUGUUGGAUCACACGUUUGCAAAGAGGCUUUGGACAAAGGAUUUGUUGUCUCUAGUCUUAAUCGAUCUGGAAAGCCAUCCUUAAGUGAAUCUUGGGCUGACAAAGUUAUAUGGAAUCAAGGCAACCUCCUGGAACCAUCUUCAUUGAAGGAUGCUAUGGAUGAUGUUUCUGCAGUGAUAUCUUGUGUUGGAGGUUUUGGGUCAAAUUCGUUCAUGUACAAGAUUAAUGGGACUGCAAACAUCAAUGCCAUUAGGGCUGCAGCUGAGAAAGGUGUAAAGAGAUUUGUAUAUGUGUCGGCUGCAGACUUCGGUUUAGUGAAUUACUUAUUGAAAGGUUAUUACGAUGGCAAGAGAGCUGCUGAAGCUGAAUUGCUGUCAAAGUUCACCUAUGGAGGAGUGAUACUGAGGCCUGGUUUUAUUCAUGGAACUCGUCGAGUGGGCAGUGUAAAGAUACCUCUUGGUGUUGUUGGUGCCCCUAUGGAAAUGGUGCUCCAAAACGUAAAGCCACUGACCAGAUUACCACUUGUUGGUCCGCUGUUGACACCCCCAGUGAGUGUUACCUCCGUUGCUAAGGUUGCGGUGAGAGCAGCGACAGAUCCGGUGUUCCCCCCCGGCAUCGUUGAUGUCCAUGGGAUCAUGCGAUACAGCGAGCAAAAGUAAACAGUCGCAUGUAAAGGAUGACAUAUACGUGUGCCCGUACCUACCAGAUCUACCUGGUGUUUGUAUCUGCUCGAAAUGAAUAAUUAGAAAGCCAACAUGUGACCUUUUUACAGCCGUUUCAUGGUUGAUUUUACACGUAGUGGUAUCCUUGAUUAACUGAUGUAAAGACGAAAUCAAUAAUUAGAAAGCCAACAUGUGACCUUUUUCGUGCCUUAAA